AUGUCGGCAACAUUGCAGCUUCAGUCAAUUUCGGGCAUCAUUACCCAAGUACGAGAAACGUUAGGUGAAGUGCCACCAGCGCUUAUCGGUGCAUCAACUACGGUGGUUGGCGAUAAGGCGUAUGUCUUUGCAGGGCGAUUGGUGGCUACAAGGAAGUUGACUAACUACAUGUAUAUUCUGGAUCUAAAGACGCUUGUAUGGACACGUUACGUUGCUCCUUUUUUCUCUGAUCAACCACCUCGGCCACGUUACUUUCAUUCAGCAUGUGCAUACAACAAUUCUAUCGUCAUUUUUGGAGGAAUCGGUCAUGUUGGUACAUCCAAGGAGCGCCUAUUAGAUGAUGUAUGCGUAUUCGACAUUGACACAAUGUGCUGGAGAAUACCCGACAUACCACCAUCCGAAUUUGCACCACAGCCACGUUACGCUCAUCUUGCUGUUGUCACGGUCCAAGAUUGCAUGUCGAUUGUUGGUGGGCAAGAUAUUGACAACAAUUAUAUCGGUGAUGUGAAUGUACUUGACCUCAAGAAAUUGGAAUGGCGAUUUGGCAAGACACAAGAAAAGCAUGUGGGCGUUUAUCAAUCCGUAGCCGUGGCAACACAACCCAAUACACCAUUGCCAGCUAUGCUCAAAGAAAGUCUUGGUGAAAUACCAUCAGAUGAAGCAGUGGAUGCAGAUCGAGAGCCGUUAAUGGAUGAAGUGAAUGCCAACCAGCGUGCGUCUUUAAUGCGAGGGAGAUAUGGGCAGCUGAUGCAAAAUCCUGAGGAGCCUAAUCCAUUGUAUCUUUACACCAACAUGAACUUUGGACGACAUACCAAGCAUGAACUUUUACUUGUAUUAUCGCCAGCGUCACCACGUACCGUAAUUGAAGAUUGCUCAGUGUAUAUGAAUGGAUCGCCUAUGCCACCAGCUUUACGAUUCCCAACAGGGCAUUCUCUUGGACACCAUCUUAUUCUAUCAGGCACACAUCUUUCAGCACAUACCCACGAGUUUAUGAUAUGGUCACUGGAUCUCGGCACACUUACAUGGACACGCAUUGACACGGGUACCAGGUUUGCCUCGGGAUCAUGGAAUAGGGGUGUGCCUUACGAGAAUGCGAAUCGUAUGCUGGUAUUUGGCAACCCAUCACGCAAGCUCCUGGAUGAUUACAACAAUCGCCUUGUGAAUUUCGAUCAUGUGGCAACAGUGGAUCUCGAGGCAUUCGGCGUAUACAAAAUGCCUCAAGCAACAUGCUCUUCCUUGGCACAAGAAAUGGGUCUUUCAUUGUUGAACGAGCCAGCAUUCACAGACUUUUAUAUCAUCACAAAGGAGCACCAAACGAUAAGAGUCAACUCAACAGUGAUGCAACAACGAUGGCCGUACUUUGCAGACAUGAUGAAGAGACACCGCCAGCAAGAAAAGGACAAGCACAGCAAGCAGAAGCGUGUUUCUAUUGAGGGUCAUUCAAGAAAUCGAGGACCAAAGAUUGGAAGUCCAAGAGGAUCGAUGAUGUUCCCAUAUCCAUAUCCGGUUGUGUUGGGUUUGGUGCAGUACCUUUACACUGAUAAUCUCUUCACCACACAGCAAUAUCAACCACACGUCUUGUCACAGCUAUUAUUAUUAGCCGACAUUUAUGGAAUGAAACGUCUUCAGCAGCUUGCAACACAUGCACUUCACCAAAUGUUGAGUAUCUCGACGGCACCUUUGAUAUUCGAAACAGCAGCUCUUUCUCAUCAAACCAGCCUCCAGAUUCGUGCAUUGAAGAUGAUGAUCACAGCCAAAAAGAUGUUACAAAAGCAACAAGAAUUGAAACAGCAAGAAGGAGGAGGCAAUGUUCCAUCCACCACAAGUACAACUACAGCUACAGCUUCGAGAUUAAGGUACUCGUCAACGUUUAAUACAGUGAACAACUCACGACGUACAUCAAGCAUUGCGGCAUCUUCUGAAUCAGCCGGUGGUACCACCACAGCAACCAAUACAAACACAUCUCCUUCAGCAUCAUCAUUCACACCACCAUUAUCAUCAUCAUCAUAUGAUCACAUUCAACAUCUUCCUCCACCACCAAGGUCAUCAUCCACCACUAGACCUCGCGUACGUUCUUACACUGUACCCAAAAGAGGAAAAUCGACAAGGCAAAAAUCGUCUCCAGCGCACUUGUUGACCGUAUCACCUCCUCCUCGUCCUGCCAACUCUACGACUGCUGAUAACAAUAUCAGAUCAAAAUCAUGGGCAAGUUCACCUGUAACACGAUCCUCCACACUCAGCAUCGUCAAUGAUCGAAAUGAAGAGGAUACCACACGACAAGAUGAUAUUAGCCCUCCCAGUACUAGCAAUCAACAUCCAUCCUCAAGAAGAAGUAAAUCCUUCAAACAGAAAAGUUCGUCCUUUUUCGAGUCCAUAGGCAGCAGGUUUUCCAUUUCAUCCCAACAUCAAUAA